CCCGUGUGUCAGUGGCCCAAGAUGGCGCUGCCCUUUGCACGCUGCUGGAACCCGUACCGCUGGGGAGCCAAGCGAUGGGGGGUCCCUGCCGGGGACGCCCGGAGAGGCAUCAGUUUCAAACUGGAAGAAAAAACUGCCCACAGCAGCCUGGCACUCUUCAGAGGUGACACAGGUGUCAAAUACGGCCUGGUGGGACUGGAACCCACCAAGGUGGCCCUGAACGUGGAGCGCUUCCGGGAGUGGGCAGUGGUGCUCGCAGACGCCACGGUCACCAGUGGCCGGCAUUACUGGGAAGUCACAGUGAAGCGCUCCCAGCAGUUCCGGAUAGGAGUGGCAGACGUGGACAUGUCCCGGGACAGCUGCGUCGGUGCUGACGACCGCUCCUGGGUGUUCUCCUAUGCCCAGCGCAAGUGGCACAGCAUGUUGGCCAACGAGAAAGCCCCGAUUGAGGGUAUUGGGCAGCCAGAGAAAGUGGGGCUGCUGCUGGACUAUGAGGCAAAGAAGCUAAGCCUGGUGGAUGUCAGUGAGAUCGCCGUGGUCCACACACUACAGACGGAUUUCCGCGGCCCAGUGACGCCUGCGUUUGCUCUUUGGGAUGGAGAGCUGCUAACCCACUCAGGACUACAAGUGCCUAAAGGGCUCUGAUGCCGCCGUUACCUAAGUCCCUUAAUCAUGCUUCUGUUCAAAGGGUCUACGUCGUUUUACAUUGUCUCAAGCAAGCGGUAGCUCUCUAUGCAGUUGGGAGCCCUUGUGCAAUAUUUUAGUCAUCUUCCUCUGGUCCUACCUUGUGAAAGCUAGGUAUACAGCCAAACUUUUCAUCACAUUACUGCCAGUUCCCUAGAGCAUCAGGUGAAUUUUCUCCUCCAGUUGCCUCCUUGGGUCCCUCUGCUUGUGCCCAGGUCUUAGACUGCUCAGCCCUGGGGUCCACUACCUCUCCUCUCCCUUACCCACAUGUAACUUGCUUUGGGGGUUUACCAGCUUCUCCUGAGUAAAUGCUUUCUACCUCUGGCUGGAGGAGUGGUGGCCUUUUCUCCGUGCACCUCAGAUUCUUGGGUUCUGGCUCCCUCAGUGCCGUACUGACUCAGUAGGUCAGCACCGCAGAUGUCAGUCCCACACAGAUGCAGCUAUAGAGCUCUGAGUCCAUCUGCCAUCUCCUGCACACCCCUGAUACCCAGCCAUAACCACUGUGCCAGUUACAGCUGCGACCAAAGGGGAAGAGACACUAGGGGGCUAUGUAGGGCUGUGCUGCCAGAAACUCUCACCUUCCAGAAGUUCCAUCUACAUAUCUGCCACAGUUGGGAGCGUCAGAGAAAAGAGGGGAGUUCUACAUAACCCAUUUUGGAGCCUGUUCAGACCCCAAAUUCCCACCGUUGGCCACAGAAUAUACUGAAUCAAAGCAGUAUUUGGGGUUGAGGGAAACCUUGUGGAGUAGAUGGAUAUGCACAUGGAAUAUAUAUCGUUUGGACUCUGUCUGA